GAAGAGAAGGAAAAUUCUUCCAUUUCCUUGUCGUUUUGGUUUCUUCGACUCCUCUCGAUGGGUUGUGGCAUCUCAAGGUUUGACCCUAAGGAGGUAGUCGAAGCAACGGCCAACAAUUCCAAUCACAAGUCCUCUUAUUCAACCUCCAAUUGCUUCACCGGUGAAUCCAAGCCUUUGGUUCACCAAGGACGUCUCCCCCCACCCGAGCCUCGCCAUUCUUCUCCUGAUCGAGCUGCACCUGGAGAUCAAAAGAUGACCAUGAAGAUAAAGACAAAUGUUAUGCGAGAAGAAGUGAAAGGGAUCGAUAAUAAAGACCCAAGGAUGAGGAUGAGGACAAAGACCCGAACUUCAAUGCAAUUUGAUAAAGAUGAGAAUUUUGGUGAUGACAAUAUUGAUGAAAAUGAUCAAAAUUGUCGUGAGAUUUGUCGAGGAGGAUCACCGAGUUUUAGAGAAUAUUGUGUUGGCUCUGAAUCAAGAUCAAGAAUGGGAAGCGAAGAUGACUGUGAAGGAGAUCAUUGCAAGGGGCCACCGAAAGAUAAAACGUUAAAUUGUAGAAAAGAGAAGGGAGUGGAUAAUGAAAUAGGGAAGAAAGAAAGAAGAGGAAAAGGCGGUAUAAUGAACGCAUUACAACGUGGAAAAUCAGGGGGUGGAGGAGUCAAGAAUUUAUUAACUUCUUCUUCACGUCCUCAACAACACAACACCAAUUUUUCUUCCCAUCAACUUUUUGCAAAACCCUCUUGAUUUCAUUUCAAUUUCCUACACAUCAAUUCUUUUAUUUAUUUUUCAAAUCCAAACAUUAUUCGUGUAAAACAAUUUAAUAUUUUAAUGGUAAUACGCUCUUCUUC